GAAAGUCGGAGAUGCUGGAUUAUUAAGAAUGACACAGCGAGGAUCAGGCGACGAUAACUAGGCAGUCUCGGCUUCAUCUUCAUCUUCUUUUCAUCUUUCUACGCAGGUGUCCCCGGACAGUUCUCUCAUCUGCCUCUUAUCACCUUUUGUUAUCGCUCAAUCGCAUCCGACCGAAUCUUUCGAUACCCCGCUUGAGUAUUUAUCACACAACAGAUCUUUUUUCCCGCCGUCGAUCACGGCAAUCCUCCUCCUCUCCACCACGUUUUUUCUUUAUCGGACCGCAAGAUAGAGACUUUCACAAAAAUGUCUUCAGCCGCACCCGCUCCCUAUACCUGCAACACUUGCCUUGUGGCUUUCCGCAGCAGCGAUGCGCAGCGGGAUCAUAUGCGCAGAGACUGGCAUUUGUAUAAUGUAAAGCGUCGCAUUGUCUCUCUGCCCCCCGUUCCCCAGGAAUUGUUCAACGAAAAGGUUCUCGUCGCCAAAGCUUCAACCACCGCUGCCGCCGCCAAGGCAUCCUUUGAAAAGACAUGCGUCGCUUGCCAGAAGACUUUCUUCAGCGAAAACUCGUUCCAGAACCAUGUUAAGAGUUCCAAGCACAAGUCUCGCCAAGCCAAGGCCAACAAGGAGCCUGCCGACGACACAGCUUCCGUCAUGAGCUCGACCUUCUCCCUCGGAGAACCCAUCAACAAGCCCCGCGACGGCGAGGCCGAUGUUUCCAAGGUCGCCGACAACCUCAAGAAAACCACCAUCCAAGAAGAAGGAGAAAAUGAUGAGGAGAUGGAAGAAACUGCCGGUGUUGAAGAGUACUCUGCAUCGCGCUGUCUUUUCUGCAACCACGAGGCCUCGGAUAUCCAAGAGAAUGCCGACCACAUGCUCAAGACCCAUGGCAUGUUCAUCCCAGAGAAGGAUUACCUCGUCAACAUCGAUGGCCUCGUCCACUAUCUCUACCGCAAGAUCAACGAGAACAGCGAAUGUCUUUACUGCCAUGCUAUUAAAAACAGCCCCGCUGCCAUCCGGACCCACAUGCGCGACAAGGGUCACUGCAUGAUUGCCUUUGAAACUGAAGAGGAGCAAAUCGAGAUCGGUCAAUACUACGACUUCCGAAGCACAUACGAGGAUGACGAGGACGAAUCCAUGAGCGACUCUCCAGAGGCCGGUGGAGUGAAGGUCUCAGACGGCGAUGAGGAAGGCGACGGCUGGGAAACCGAAACUUCGGCCUCCUCCGUCGACGAGGAUGAAAUGGACUCGCACAAGAAGGCCCCCGUCAUCUACCAAACCGAUUACGAACUUCACCUGCCCUCCGGCCGCAGCGUCGGCCACCGUUCGCUCGCCCGCUACUUCCGCCAGAACCUGCACAACUACCCCACAGCCGAAGAACGCCAGGCCCGACAAUUGGCUAUUGAAAACGGAGAGAUCGAAGAGGAACAAAAACCCAGAGGCCGUAACCAGAACCGUGCCCUCAUCAGCCGUGCCAAUGGCGGAACAGGCAUGAUUGGUGCCUCGGACGCUCAGAAACAGGCCGUGACCACAACAGAACGCAAGGAGAGAGCUAGGGCUACACGACAGGAGCUUCGAUACACCGCUCGCAUCAACAGAGCUGCCAACCACCAGAAGCACUACAGAGACCCUCUCCUCCAGUGAUCUACUCAUCAACUCUCAUCCCGAUACCAGACGAACUCGUCCACAAAACAAAAAAAAUUAUUCAAUCUUUUCACUUUGGGAAAUGGUCUACGGUUCUGUUUUUUAUGGUCAUGACGACGAUGAAUUAUAUAGAGGGGUUUUCUACUCUUUGCCAUGGUUGCCCAAAGGGGCUGGCUUUUUU